AUGGCAGGUGACUACGAGGAUUGGAUGGGUGAUGAUUAUCAGGACAAUUGUCAAGAGGACUAUACCCAUAACCGAGAUACUCCCGGUGCUGACAUGGAGGAUACCAGAGACCAAGAGGCUGAAACCAGUCCCCGUUCAACCGAUAGUCUUGUGGACUACGACAUUUACGAUUCCGAGGAGUCAGACUACGAGGUCCACACCCAAGACGUCACAGUGAACAGCUCUACACAGGCAGAAGAGGUUGCGCAAACAGAGGGCUCCCAUCAGCUCCACCUGCAGCAGUGUGAUUCAUCAGAGAAGCAGCAGCCCAAACGGUUACAUGUCUCCAACAUCCCUUUCCGCUUCAGAGACCCAGACCUCAGGCAAAUGUUUGGGCAAUUUGGGAAGAUUUUAGACGUGGAAAUAAUUUUUAACGAGCGAGGUUCCAAGGGUUUUGGGUUUGUAACAUUUGAAACGAGUGCAGAUGCGGACCGUGCGCGGGAGAAACUAAAUGGUACAAUCGUAGAGGGACGCAAAAUAGAGGUCAACAACGCAACAGCAAGAGUAAUGACAAACAAAAAGGUGUCAAACCCUUACACAAACGGCUGGAAGCUGAACCCCAUGGUGGGAGCUGUCUAUGGUCCUGAAUUGUAUGCAGUGGCAGGUUUUCCCUACCCUAGUACAGGAGCGACGGUAGCCUAUCGCGGAGCUCAUUUCAGAGGAAGGGGGCGGGCCGUCUACAACACAUUCCGCGCCGCGCCCCCACCCCCACCCAUCCCUGCCUAUGGAGCUGUUGUUUACCAGGACGGCUUCUAUGGUGCAGAAAUAUACGGAGGUUAUGCAGCAUACAGAUACGCCCAGCCAGCAGCCACGGCUGCAACCGCAUACAGCGACAGUUACGGGAGAGUCUAUGCAACAGCAGACCCAUAUCACCACACGAUUGGUCCCACGGCCACGUACAGUGUGGGUACUAUGGCUAGCCUAUACAGAGGAGGUUGCAGUCGCUUCACUCCCUACUAG